GUGUGUGUCUUCAUACUUCCACCACCAGGGGGCGCCCUGUCUCUGAUGUCGUCAUGACAACCAGACUCACAUGGACGCUGGAGACCGGAAGUGAAACCUGCAGGAAGACGUUGGUAAACUCCUGCGCACGGAAACGAGGAAGUGAGUGGACAUCUUCAUCUACAGACAGAUGCUGCUGUGAUGCUACAACAUCUGGAUACUGAUGCGUUAAAGAAGAGAGAGGCACAGCGUCCAGCCCCAGAGACUCAGAGUCAUUCAGUGAAGGCUCAGGUCCUCCAUGCAGAAGCUGAUCCAGGAUCAGGGGCCACAUUCUCCCACUGAGGGGCCGAAGACAUCCAGGCACUAUUCUGGAUUCAGUAAGCCGAGCCAGGAUGAGGUCCUGCACAUGCUGCAGCAACUUCCUGCCAUUCCACCACAUUCCUUGAAUAAGCUCAAGGUCCUUCCACCAAUAGAGCGCAGGCGUUCAGAGGAGAGUCCCGGAGGAGGCCUGGACAGAAGUGUACAGGGCCUGUGUGAUGAGACCGUCCCGCAGCAGAGGGGGACCUCCGGCUCUGAGGGGGACGACCGGGCUGAUGUGUCGCUCAGGAUGUGGCCCAACACCUCCGACCCAGAACCAUUAGGAGCCAGUGUCGGUUUGCUGUUAGCCGUGCGAGCACCGUGCGGCAGGAGGUUUCAGCAGCACUUUGAGUCCACAGACGCUCUGCUGGCGGUGAAGCACAGUGCAGAGGCCCGGUUCACGGAGACCUAUGGAGAGGUCUCCAUCGAGACCAUGGACGUGCCACGCAGGAGCUUCACGGACAUGAAUAUGACUCUGGCCCAGAGCGGCAUCAUGAACAGAUCAGUGCUGUGCAUCACACGGAGCAACAAUGACAGCGUGGAGCUACAUGAUUGA